CGUAAUGGCGAGUACCACGAUUGGGAGAUUGCGAUAAGCCAAGUUUCAAGCUACACGUGAGGUGGCGUUUGCCUCCACAAGCCGAACGACCGACAGCGGAAGGUGCCAGUUACGUCUGCGACUCAGUACCACCAACCUUGGUUGUAGCUCUAUAUUCACCGUGUUUGUUCUACCUCGACCUCUAACUUCACUUCAAUCACCGCCAGCUCUGUCUAUCAUCUACGCACAACCAUGUCUACUGCAGCCCGCCGCCGUUUGAUGCGCGACUUCAAGCGCAUGCAAACUGAUCCUCCCGCCGGCGUCUCUGCGUCUCCAGUUGCAGAUAAUGUCAUGACCUGGAACGCAGUCAUCAUCGGCCCCGCAGACACACCUUUCGAAGAUGGGACCUUCCGUCUUAUAAUGCAUUUCGAGGAGGCAUACCCAAACAAGCCGCCGGGCGUCAAGUUUAUUAGCCAGAUGUUCCAUCCCAACGUAUACGGGACUGGCGAGCUGUGUCUGGACAUUCUCCAAAACCGAUGGUCACCCACGUAUGAUGUGGCAGCCAUCUUGACCAGUAUUCAGAGUCUAUUAAACGACCCGAAUACCUCGUCUCCCGCCAAUGUCGAAGCAUCGAACCUGUACAAAGAGAACCGCAAGGAGUAUACCAAGCGCGUGCGUGAGACGGUGGAGAAGAGCUGGGAGGACUGAGGGGCGACUAGGGUACGAAUAUCACGACACGACGGCAUGGGAUGGAGUUACAAGGGACAGGGACAAUGUCAUGUUUGUUACUGGCAGCCAGGGGCGUUUUGUCUGCGGCUUUGAGGCGUGGAGUUUGGUUCACUAUGGUUCUAUGUUCGUGGCGUAGCCAAUAUACGUCUGUUUUCGUUGGAAUCGCUGAUCACGUAAAGAGAAGCGUGAUUGUCUUUGUCGCUCCACUAAUGCAGGGAUCCUGGUUAGUUGUCCUUGGGCACAAUGCGGCCAUAUAUUGCUGCAACUGCUACAAUGACAUGAAGCGAUGCAAGUAGGCGGGACAAAGAGGUCACCAUAAAGAAACAUCCGCAGAGCAUGCUUUGACCAGGCAAGUUGCGUCACGGCCGUUGGCGGCGGCGGGGAGGAGGAAGGCGCGCUAUGGGCAUGCAGACCCUGGGCGUAUCAACACAAGCCCCAACCCGCACCU